AAGUUGCUCAAUGUUAAUCUUUGACAAGUAGGAAGAAGGGCCUUGCCUGCCAUAUCUCUCAGUCUUGGACAACACAACCACACUCUUUCAGUUCUCCUUCUGAGAACAAGAGUUUGUUUGCUGCUUUGUGAAGGAAUUACAUAUUCAAAUUUAAGAGGGCAAACGAAAGAAAGAUACCAUGGAGGUGCUGGUGCUGAUCGACUUUGAGGGCACCAUGGCAGACGAGAUCACAGUGAGGGCAGGGGAUGUGGUCAAGAAUGUCACCAAGGCCAGUGAGGAGGGAUGGCUGGAGGGGGAGCUGGGAGGAAAGAGAGGCAUCUUCCCUGCCAACUUUGUCAAGGAGGUGCCAGUCUAUUUGAUAGGUGACAGCAAGAGGGAACCACGAAGCAUUAGAAAAACAAAGAGGAUGAAACAGACGAGGAAAUGCGAGGUACUGUAUGCCUACAGCCCCCUGAAUGAAGAUGAGCUGGAGCUGACUGUUGGCGAGACUUUUGAGGUCAUCAGAGAGAUUGAAGAUGGAUGGUGGAUGGGCAUAAAAAAUGGCAAAGUGGGAGCAUUCCCAUCAAAUUUUGUCAAAGAAAUUUUUGUUUCCCCAAAAGAUAGCAAGCACAAUGAGGGCAAGUCAAGACCAAAACUCGCAGAUGCAGUGUUCAGUAAGGAGAUACCUCAGAGAGCAAGUGUGAAGAACAAAGGAAAAAACUCGAGGGAGUGCUGCCAAGUCAUGUUUGACUACAAGGCCAAAGCAGAGGAUGAACUGGAGAUGAAAAAAGGAGACAUUGUUACAAUACUGAGGAAGGAAACAGAAGAUGAAGGCUGGUGGGAGGGAGAGCUAAACGGACGCUGUGGCUUCUUUCCUGAUAACUUUGUCAUGGUGAUACCACCAGUGGACAGUAUGCAAUCUGGGAACACAAGCCAACCGCCGGCACGCACCAUCGACAGGAAACUCUCAGUGAAGGCAGACACAUCAGCGAUGGAGAAAAGUGGUCCAGCAAAGACAAAAGAUGAUAAACCAGAGGCUAAAGACCUGAGAACCAAUCCUCCGACCAAAGUCAAGCUGCCAUCCAUCAACAAGCCCAGUCCACCUCCAGUCAAAGACAAACCUAACAAGGUUUUACCCAAAACCAAUGGCGACGUGGCUCCUCUUUCAUCCAAACAACCGGAGGAGAAAGAAACUGACCAGUUUGAUGGAGUGGAUGUGCAGACUGAAAAGCUGAGUCAUCCUACUGCAAACAGAGCCAAACCCCCUCAGAGAAGACCACCAUCAGGCCUGGUCACAGCAGCACAAACUCAGAGUGCCACUGACCAGACAGAACAAGAAUUACAGCCACAAAAGGUCCAACCAGAGAAAUUACCUGGCUUGCAAAAGGCUGCAGAAAAUCUCCUGCCAUCACCUGCAAGGCCUGAGCCUCGACCCAAAACACCACCUCCUGUUCGACCAGCACCGCCCAAGGUAGUUGUGGAUGGCAAAACUGUGACCCAUAAAGAUGAACCAACUGUGGAAAGCCUACAAGCUGAGAUCAAAGAGCUGAGGAUGGCUCUGGAGCUUCUACAGACACGACAUGAGCAAGACAUGCAGGAAGUGAAAGAAGAACUGAAGAAGGAGAGAAGCAAACAACAGGCACUGCAGGAGGAAGUAAACAGUUUGAAGAUGAAGCAUUAAUCCCAACACACAGUGUGACUGGGCUGGCUGUCACAGGGGCAGGCCCUCGAACUGCAAUUUUAACAAGAUGAACAUUUCUCUGACAUGGUGCGGAGACAGGGAAGACAAGCUGACUCUCCCGCUGCAGACACACAAACGAGGGCUAUUUUAGAGAUAGAUUUUGGACAUAGGAUCAAGCUUCUCCUUCACUGGACCAGACAAACUUGAUCUUCAUAGAGACUUUCUAAUGAUAUACUGUUAAACCUUUGACAUUUGAAUGCUGGAAAUGACAAAUACUGGUCCAAAAUGGGUUAGGCUUGGUAGCAAAUUAAUGUUUUACACUGUUCUGUCUCAACCUUUAUUACUUAUAAUAGGUAUUUCUGUACUUUUAACAUUUACAUGAUGCCACAGCAGAAUAUGUAAAAUAUGCAGCUGUAAAUAGGAGGAAAUAUUGUGAUGUCUUUUGCAAAGAACUAAAAGAUAAUUCAUCCAAAGAAGCACUGUAGCACUGUUAUAUGAAUGUUAAUACUGAGAGAUGAGAUACUAUUGUCAUAAUGGACUGACAUGCAGGUGAAUUUCUACAUCCGAAUGUAAUGCUGCAUCAAUCCACUAGGGGGCACUGUAUGUCUAUUCUUCUACAUAAAGAGAAGUGCUAAACUUG